AUAACGUAGGCUCAUCGUGGUGUGGUGAAUGGAUCAAGGGAGAGGAAAGGCCGUACUGAUUCAUCUAUUCUGCUUGCUUCUUCUCAUCUUUCUAUCUUCCGCAUUCGGAGAUGACGGCGAACAAGGCCGCCGUCGGACGAAGAACCCUAACGUGGAGGAGGUUCUUCAAAAGAGGCCGCCGUCUCUUUUGGAGAUGCUGCUGAACCCCGCCAAGUUCACGACGGCUCCUCCUGCCGCUGCCGAUGCGAGCUUCCGGGACAAGGUUAAAGCGCUCGCCAACCUUCUCCAGGCUUACUUAUUUCCUCCCAAUCUGGAUUUUAGGGGAAGUGAUGAAGUGGAGGAGACGAGCAGCGGCAGCAGAGGGGAAAAGGUGAAGGAGGCUGUGGCGAAGAGCUUGGGAAAGACGAGAGCUGCGGUUGAAGAUUCGGCGAGAUCUGCCGCGAAGUUAGCCGGCGACAGUCUGCACAAACUAAUGAACAAGGAAGGCGGAGCAAGAGGCGGUGUGACAAAAAAGUAGCACAAGGAGGCUCAUCAGCAGGAGCUAGCUAGCUCCAUCCAAAUAUGCAUAAUAAUAAUAAUAAUAAUAAUAAUAAUAAUACAAUGAUACACAUCAUAACACACACACACACACACACGCUAGAUAUCCUUUUUUAUAUGGUUGGUGCGUAAUAUAUAAGAAGCUGCGUCUUUAUAGAGAUGAGAUAGAUCCAUUCGUUUUGCUCUCCUCUCCUCUUUCUAUCGUUGCAGUGCAGUAGUCUAUCUGUAUGUAAUUUGUCAAAGCUUUCUCCGUUUGUACGAUGUGUUUGUUUUUGAAAAUAUAUUGAGAGAGAUGGAACUUUCCCAAGACCGACCGACCGACCGACCUUUAUCAGAAAGAAAUCUGAUGAUGUAAUAAAAAUAAUAAAUAACGUUGAUGUUGACCAAGUGUUGAAAUGGAACGGUUAGUGUCUUCAACAAUAGAGACAAUAAUUGAUCUCCUCCUAUUUUAUCACAAGACCUACCACAGCUGUCUACGUAUAUCCAUCUCAUAUAAUCGGUUGGUCAUGGAUAUGCCUACUUUGGGAUCCCUCCUUGUGGGGGGUACCGCAAGAGAGAUAAUUAUGAUUUUUAGGAGAUAAAUUUAAAUUUGAUUUACAGUGAAUAUUGUAAAAAAUGAAUUCGAUAAUUUAGGUCGUCCAUCACUCUUUUGACUAUUGGAACAACCCUAGCUAGGAGACUAGAGAUAUG